UCCCAUGGGGAAGUGCCCAUCCGCAGCCCUUUCUCCCCGUCACCCGAUAUUUCAUCGGUCGUGGUUUCCGUGGCUCUGGAAGCCACCACAACCAGAACCCAAACACUACUGACUCAAUCAAGUCUCCCGCUCUCGUCGCACCUUUCUUCUCCUUUGCAUCAUCGUUGCCUUCCUCUGCCAAGCAAUCUACGCCACCAGCACCACCGCUGCUUUCUCUCACUCACUCUUCCUUGCUUCCUUGCAUUGCCAAUUCGGCGCUGUGUUUUUCGAUUCGUCUCUGCGUAGGACCUCUUCCAAUUGCCGCUCCAUCGCCGCUUCGAAAGGAGGGGGUGAGGUUUGCAAAUAUGACACCAGCAGUCUUGGCGCAAGCUCACACUGUGGCAGUGUUAGGGACCAGGCUGACGCAUGGUGCAACAUGGAACUCACAUCAGGAUUCGCCUCCGCUCACAGGGAAGCGUGUUGUUCGUGCUUUGGAGUCUGUGAAUUUGAGAGCGAACAGGUUGAGCGUACAGAAGGCGAGUGUCUCCGCGGCUUUUGAGUUGCGAGCGCCUAGCUCUGAGUCACGCCAAGGGAAUGGUAAGAACAUAGUGAAAGCAGUUGCCACAGAAGACGUACUGACGGAGGGUCUGGAAUUGACGGAAGAGAACGUGGAAUUGGUUUUGGAUGAGGUGCGACCGUAUCUGAUAUCGGAUGGAGGGAACGUUGCUCUUCACGAAAUCGACGGUUUGGUUGUAAAAUUGAAGUUGCAAGGUGCAUGCGGGUCUUGCCCUAGCUCGACGAUGACCAUGAGGAUGGGGAUUGAACGCCGUCUAAUUGAGAGGAUACCAGAAAUCGUUGCUGUUGAACAGAUCAUGGACGAAGAGACGGGCCUUGCACUUACAGAAGAGAAUGUUGAAGCGGUUCUUGGAGAGAUAAGACCCUAUCUGGUAGGUACUGGAGGAGGCGAGCUUGAAUUAGUUAAAAUUGAUGGGCCAGUGGUGAAGGUGAGGCUUGGGGGGCCAGCUGCGUCAGUGAUGACAGUUCGGGUCGCCGUCACUCAAAAGUUGAGGGAGAAAAUCCCCAUGAUCGCUGCAGUCCAGUUGCUGUAAAUACGAGGAGGCGCAAGGUCGUAUGUAGAGGGUAGGAUUAUCAGUCGACUAUCCAGGUUCGUGGCCAGAAUGCCCUUAUCCGAAGUCAGGGUUUAUUAGGAGUAAUAGUAAAGUUUGACGGUUGUAGCAUUUGCACUUCUCUUCGACACCGACUUCAUCGACUAAUUGCUUCAUCCAAUUGUUUUGGGAGAUUAGCCCCGACCUUUUUUCUUACCUGGUACGCAAGGAGGGUUUGAUAUAUUCAGGCUGGUCUUAAUUCCUAGGAAUUGAACGCUGCAGUACCCAUUGAUGAUGGAAUCUAAACCGAUCUCCACAGUUAGUACCCAGACCCUAAUUUUAAGAUCCGAUAGUUGUUAGGAGAAAACAUAAUAUCACUCCUUGUGAACAUUACGAUAUUGUAACAUGUUUCCUUAUUAUCUUUUUUUUUGGACAGGCAGCAAAUACUUCUGAAACGCGUCGCGGUUCUUUUCUCUUUA